AUGUCUAAUAUUCAGAAGGGAAUGGGUUUUGAAUCUAGCAUGAUCAAGAAAAUCACAAACCCAUAUGAGAAUUUUGUUCCUCUUGAGAAGAAGAUUGAGUGGAGUUGUGAUGGAUGUCUUGGGCCUAUAAGAAUCACUAUCUCAGUCAAAGGGAUUUUGGUAAGGAGACCCAGGAAACCACUGGGAGGUCAAGAUGUUGAUAAAGAUGUUCUAGACAUCUCCUACGACAUGUUGGUAGAGUCUCAAAUGUAUAAGGAGAAUGAUGAUCAUUUCCAUGAAGAUGUUGAGGUUGAUACUAUCAUAAUUAGUGGUGGUUUUGAUAACAACCAUGAUCAUGAAAUAAUAGAUGAUGAUACAUUGUGUUAA